CACUGCUUUUUUCGCCAAGUUCUAUGCAAUGUCCAGACCGAACGCAUGUUUUGAAUACUGCCUGCCAGUUCAUGCUUCGAGACUUGUUUGAGGCCAAAAAUAAAGUACUUGUACGCGUACCAGCUGUUAUGCAUCAUACGCAGUACGCAAGAUGCAAGUUCGACCUGCCUUCGCUUAUUCAAAUGAGCUGCGCCCCGACAGUCAGGAACUCGUGAAUGUUUAUAAUCGAGAGUGUCUCCGUCGAGAUUGAAAACAUACAGUCUCUCCUUCCAUUUUCUCGGUCACCACAAGGUCGCGAAUUCGGUAUAUUAAAUAACACACCUGUCGUUCAGCACAUCCGACGAAGUCAAGAUCACACAGUGUCACAUACAGCGAACACACCAGCUCGAAACGUGCAACAUGUCGGACUCCGGGACUCAAUAUGGCGACUUCAAGCUCUAUCGCUAUGAUCCCAGCAUGGCUGCAGCAGUCAUCUUCAUCAUCGCUUUCAUCUUGAUCACCGCCUUGCACUUCUACCAGAUGAUCCGAACCAAGACAUACUUCUUCGUUCCUUUUGUCAUUGGCGGCUUGUUUGAAGUCAUUGGCUUCAUAGCACGCGCUAAAUCGAGCCAAGAAGCACCCAACUUCAGCAUUCCUGCAUACUCCAUCCAGGCGAUUCUCAUUCUCGUCGCACCGGCGCUGUUCGCCGCCAGUAUCUACAUGGAACUCGGCCGCAUCAUUCUCCUCACCGACGGCGAACAACACAGCAUCAUUCCCAAGAAGUGGCUCACAAAAAUCUUUGUCAUCGGCGAUGUAAUCUCUUUCUGCUUGCAGGCUGCAGGUGGUGGUAUCAUGGCAAGUGGUACGCUCACAGCGCUCCAAAACGGCGAACACAUCACCAUCGGCGGUCUCGUUAUCCAAAUCUUGUUCUUCGGCUUUUUCGUCGUCGUCAGUAUCACCUUCAACAUCCGCAUGAACAAGAUACCCACUGGCCGCAGCAUGAUUGCCCAGAACCCUUGGAGAAAACAUCUCUACACUCUCUAUGGCGGUAGCGCACUCAUCCUGAUUAGAUCCAUCUUCCGUCUGGCCGAAUACGCUCAGGGUAAUGAUGGUUACCUUAUCUCGCACGAGUGGUUCCUGUACAUCUUCGAUGCGUGUCUCAUGUUCGCUACCAUGGCUUUGUUCGCCUGGUUCCACCCAAGCGAGAUUUGGGCCAUGUUGAACAAGAAUGGCGGAAUGAUGGUCAGUCAUGGUUACAAGAUAGAGGCAGCGAUACCUCUGAUGUGAAGCAUGACUCGGGGCAGAUAGAAGACGAAAGGUAGAUAGAAGACGAAAAGUGUUGUACACUGGCUUUCGAAUAGAGAAAUACCAACAUGUUAGAUUUUACAG